AUGCCGGUGGAGGCUGUAGGUAGACCAUAUAGUUACACUAGCUUCCUUACAACCUCUGCUAUACAGAUUUUACCGCGAAGAGACGUUCGUGGCACCGUUUGGUUCGGACGAACUCGGCCGCCUGUGGUCUCUACGCAACAUGCAGCUACAAGCACUACCUCGGAUUAUGUCCCAAGCAACCAGGCGUUCAUUCAAGUAUAUGAACCUCGUGCCUGCAUCUACUAUGCACGAAUGGUGGUGCUGGCCAGGCAUCGAAAGAAUAUAGCCAACUUAGUCCACAUCCAGAUGCAAGCCGUGGAGCGACCGGCAAUAAAAAUAUAUAUUCAGAUAAUCAAUCGGCUUGCUCAUCACAGCAUCCCGCGCCUUCUAGAUAUUUUCCAGUAUACAGAACAAUAUCUUCUUAUGUGGGAGUCUUUCAAGUGCACUCUCCACGAAGCUUUAGCACUGAGCUGCCGCAUCAUUAAAAAAGAAAUAUUCAGGUGCCUUCAGUUCCUACGCGGCCAGUCCAAAGAGCUAGCCAGCCUCACUCCUCGAGAUAUCUUGUUCACCGAAGAGGGUGAAAUAAAGAUCAGUAUAGCGGGUAUUAAGAACAGUCACCAAAUCAACCAAGUCGACCCUUCCCGUAUCGACGCAAUGGCUACUACUUUCAAUGCUCUCCGGUCAAUUCUCGAUAAGAUCAUGCAGAAAAUUGGCUCCAAUUUUACUUGGAGCCAGGAGAUCCAAAGCUUUAAAUCAGCGCUGGCCCAGAGCACCUCCGCGCAAUGCUUGGAUAAGUUGGUGCAACAAGUGACCGGGGAGGGAGGUCUAAAGGUACUAGUAGAGUUGGCCAACAAAACCAUUUUCCACGAAAUCUCAUUUCCGCCCGAGGACUUUCUUGCCAAGACUGGGCCACUAGGGAAGCCUGUGGAGCUGUCUACGACAUAG